UUGGAAGCAGAUAUCGACCAAUCUACCGCAAUUUACGAUUCUGUAGCCCUGCCGGGGAUCACUGCAGAGCUGGUAAAUGAACAAACUAUGGAUUGCGAUAAUAUUGAAGAGACGAACAUGGAGAAUGAGGUCAUACAAGGUAGCCUAGGAAGACAAGAUAAACUGCUUCUGGAAGCCUAUGCCGAUAAUGAAGAUAAAGAGGGUACUAUGGCUGACAAAAAGCCCUUUGAACUUGUGGAUGCUUACGGCAGGAAGGCUAUUCUGCAAAUUCCACUCGGCUUAAACCCCAACUAUAUAAAUAAUCUAAAGAAUUUAUCCCAAGCAAAUGAAUUGGCAAGCAUUCUAAGGGCAUUUGGUCCUUCGAGAAACUCAGAAGAGGUCGAUCGGCAACAGCGACAGCAGCCCGUCGAUGAUUUUGGGGCAAACCUGGACAGCCAGGUCAGGCACGAAGGGGAAGAGGUUGGCAAUCAAAACUCUGCAUCAAAUCAGUCGGAUGCUCAAAAGUUAGCAAUAGUCAUACAACAGCAACUGGAUGCAAUUAAUCAGGAGAUACGGAUGAUUCAGUCUUGGCAAUAA